AUGAACCACAGUGGCGUAAACAUGCAAAGAACAACAAACGCCACAACCAAGCUGGAGUCCAUCGGAUGUUACAACGCCCUGGGGAGAAUAACCCUUGGGAGCCAAAUCAUAGAGGACCAAAUCCCCAACAACAUGAUGAUCCAAAUGCAGAACCAUGAGAACCCCCCAAUUACUUUUGUGCAGGUUUGUGAACAACUCAAUGCAUGGCUUGGUGUCUAUCAAUCAAUUCUCAAACGUAUGACACCAGGCAAUUUUAACUGGUUUAUACACACCAUGUUAUUCUACCACACAAAGUAUGUUCUCCACAAACAGCAGAUGAAGAAACCAGAAGAAGUUCCAUUCCUGUGGAUUCCGGUCCCAUUCCUGCGGAUUCCUGUGGAUUCCUGUGGAUUCCUGUGGACUCCUGUGGAUUUCUGCAGGAAUGGGUGGGGCACUAUAAAGUACUGGGGAUGGGACCUGGACCCCGAUACAGACCAAACUGGACUGAACCACAGUCUGGUCUUUUUCCAGUUGCAGUUGCCCACAUUUGGGCUAUAUGACAUCAUAAAAAUGACAACAGCACACAUGACCAUUUGUACCAUGUGA